AUGUCUUGUCUGUAUCCUCUUGGAAUUUCUAGUGCGGCGCGACACCUAUCACCUUCCGAGUCCCUUCCACGAAUGGCUGACUCGAACGAAGCCCCGACUGGCCGCGCUUUUCGGGAGAAUUUCGUCCUUGUGAACCAGUCGACUCUACGAUUCUUGAGACUGUCUCACGAACGGUCGGUUCGGGUCGUAUGCGGAACUGCCGGUUCUGUUAUGAGUACAUUUGAAAAUGAAUUCGUCUACAGGUAUACAGAUAUCUAG